CUUACAUUGACAAACACAAUUGAUAAGAUGCAGAGCUCCCUGACCCGCCACUCUGCGGCUUCUCGCGCAAGUCAGCCCUUCCAGCAGGGCCGCGCUGCCCCGCGUAGCCGCGCCUGCUCGGUUGCCUGCCGCGCUGCUGCUGGUCAAGAUCCGCUACUUCUGCGUGUGGCGCGUGGUGAAGAUGCGGAGCGCACGCCGGUCUGGCUGAUGCGGCAAGCGGGCCGGUACAUGGCCGCCUUCCGGGAGUACUCUGACAAGUACCCCUUCCGCAUGCGCUCCGAGACUCCCGAAAUCGCCAUUGAGCUGUCGCUUCAGCCACUGCGUGCUUUCCGCCCCGACGGCAUCAUCUUCUUCUCUGAUAUCCUCACGCCCCUGCCUGGCAUGGGCAUUGAGUUUGACAUGGUCAAGGGCAAGGGCCCCGUCAUUGCCAACCCCAUGCGCUCCACUGAGCACCUCAAGCAGCUCACGCCGCUGUCGGACCCCGCCUCCCGGCUGCCGUUCAUCAACACCAUCCUGUCCACUCUACGCAAGGAGGCUGACAGCAACGGUGUGACGCUGCUGGGCUUUAUCGGCACGCCCUGGACCCUGGCUGCCUACUCCAUGGAGGGCAAGGCCGACAAGGACUGCAAGGAGACCAAGAAAAUCAUGUUCCACAACCCCGCGCUACUGCACUCGUUCCUGGACUUCCUGACCGAGCAGCUCAUCGUGUACGCCGGCUACCAGAUUGAGAGCGGCGCGCAGGUGAUCCAGCUGUUCGACAGCUGGGCGCACCACCUGUCGCCGGCUCAGUUUACGGAGUUCUCGCUGCCCUACAUGGAGCGCAUUACUGUGGCGCUCAAGGCCAAGUAUCCGCACGUGCCGGUCAUCAUGCACGCCAACGGCGGAACGGGCAAGCUGGAGCUGAUGCGCGAGUCGGCCGCGGAUGUCAUCGGUCUGGACUGGGCGGUGGACAUGAAGGACGCGCGCCAGCAGCUGGCGGGCAAGCGGGUGCAGGGCAACGUGGACCCCAUGUCGCUGUUCGGCCCCGAGGAGGUCAUCCGCGCCGAGGUGGAGCGCUGCCUGCGUGCCGCCGGGCCACGCGGCCACAUCCUCAACGUGGGGCACGGCGUUGUGCAGGGUACGCCCGAGUCGUCCGUGGCGCUCUUCUGCCAGCUGGCGCGCGAGUCGGGGGCCAUUCACGCAAAGGCUGCCGCCAACGGCGCCCGCCAGCCCGUGCUGGUGUAGAUGCGGAACAGGUUGAGCCAGGGCGGAAGUCGGUAACAUCGUACCUGACGUACGGGAUGGACGUGUUGUCCAUAGGGGCACUGCACGUAUCGUACCUUGCUUACGCGCGUGUGUGACGUGUUUGACGGUUGCGGUGCGUUUAACAAUGAGUGAGGCACGGGCACUUAAAAGGAGAAUGCACGUGAGCUGGACGCCAUAUGGAUAUUCAGUGAAUACGGUAAGAGGUGUCGACGCUGACGGAGUCACGCUGGAUUGCAGGAUUGCAGUGGGCCUGGAUCAGCAGCUGCGUGGUAAGAGAGCGUAUAGCAAUUAUUGGGAUAGAUUUACGGCAGAUGCAUGGAGCAUACCGGACGGACUAUGGUACGGACAGCGCUGAGUCCACCGUGCCUGGGUUUGCGGUUACGGAAGGGAGACGCUGUGCAAUCUGCAGGGUAUCGCUACACUCAAAUACAUGUAGCACUUUUUGAGGUUUUUAUUAACCGAUCAUAAUGAAGCCGCGUGCAAAGGAGCCCCUGCAGAGGACGUCGCGGAUUGAGGACCUCGGGUACCUUGACUUCUGAUAAGUCGUGCAUACAGUACUGUGCAUACUUGAAUAUCUUACAACUUCAUUAGCAUUAGUGAAAGGAACACUCCUGCUUUGUAACAGCAGCAGGGCCCCGACAAAACAGGGCCGGUGCACUGGACCUGCAACGCUAGACCUAAUUGCAUUCACGACUUUCAUACGGUGGGCAACUAAUGCGCUUCAGAGAUAUGCGUUAAUCUUCAGGU